AUGGCUUCUGCAACGGGAAUUCCUCAAGAUCACCCAGAUACAAUACCGCAAGAUGAUGAGCCUCUAUUGGGCCGUCCAGGCGAUGUCACACAAAGAUCCGAUGAGAAUAUUUAUCGGAAUCUCUUCACAGGGACAGCAAGUGUUGCGCAAGCAGGAAUUUGGAUUCUAGCCGCGUUGGUCUGGCAAGGAAUCUUAUCCCUACCCCUCUCAUUUUUCACCCCGCAUCCACUACUUGGCAUCUCUGCCCUGCUUCUUCAAGUCCAAGCCGCACUCAUCUUACAACCAACCGCCACCCCGCAACAGAAACGUACCGGUACUCGCAUCCACUACUCCUUGCAACUGCUCAGCGUAGUGGCUUUUGUAUCUGCCUUUGUUAUUAUCGAGAUUAACAAAGGCUCUCAUCCACAUUUCGUCUCUCCUCACGGCAUUUUAGGUUUGGUUACUUACAUCACUAUCGUGCUGCAAGCCGUUGUCGGGGUUAUCCAGUACUUCUUGCCGGUCACCAUCCUUGGUAGUGUCGACGCUGGGAAGCGCAUUUACAAGUAUCAUCGUUGGAGUGGCUAUGUUUUGCUACUGCUGGAGAUUGCGACUGUCGUGGCGGCGACGCAGACCGACUACAACUUGAAGGCCAUUCAUAUUCCUCUAUGGGGUGUACUUGUUUCUGUCGUUUUGAUUCUUGCUGGGGUGGGUGCGAGGGUUAAGAAGCAUAAAUUGGGACUGUGA